AUGGGCAAGCGCCGCCACCGCGGGCCGCCGGCGCCGAUGCGGCCGACGCCAGCACCUGCGCGUCACAGCAGCGCGUCGUGUGUGCACCAAGUUCUUUUCGAGGCCACGUUCCUGCACCUUAUUGUGCAGUUCCAAGACGGCGUCUUUCUGCCGCUUGUGCCUCGCUAUCGGGCCUGGUCGCGCGCCUUCCUCGAGCCAAACGGCAUUGACGACCGCGCGCAGCGAUCGUUGCGGCUGAGAUCGCGCGGUGAUGCUCGCUACGUCCUGCACGCUGCAAUCGUCGAGAACGAGCUCGCGCUCGUGGGGCAUCUGUACCGAUGCCGGCCGGCGCUCUUCACGCACGACGCGGCCGACUUGGCCGCCGCGCACGGCCACUUGCGCGUCUUGCAGCUGCUGGCCGAGCUUCAUAUCGUCGGCUCGGCCGAUGCGCUGGACCUCGCCGCCACGAACGGGUGCUUUGCUGUCGUCAAGUGGCUGGUGCAGGGCAAGGCAGUAUUAGCAACGUCUGCCGCCGUCGACGGCGCCGCCACCCACGGGCACUUGGAUAUCGUCAAAUUUCUCGAUCGCCACGGAGGCUUUGCCGCCACGACAGCCGCCAUGGACGGCGCGGUCGCGAACCGACACGACGCGAUUACGAAGUACCUCCAUGCGAAGCGCAGCGAAGGCUGUACGACAGCAGCCAUGGACGCAGCGGCCCUCCAUGGGGAUCUGGCCAUGGUGGCCUUUCUGCACGAGCACCGACAUGAAGGCUGUACGACGCAGGCCAUGGACCAAGCUGCGGGCCAUGGCUUCCUUCCCGUCGUAACCUACCUGCACGAACACCGGCUCGAAGGGUGCACCGCGAGCGCGAUGGACGAAGCUGCCGCCGCCGGACACUUGGACGUUGUCCAAUUCCUUCACCGGCACCGCGAGGAAGGGUGCACGAGCCAUGCACUGGACUAUGCCGCAAAAAACGGCCACCUCAAGGUCGUUCAGUACCUGCAUGCGCACGCGCUCGCCACGUGCUCACCGCUGGCUGUCGAGUUUGUCGCUGCGGCCGGCGGCCUCGAGAUGCUCACGUAUUUGCACAAGAGUUGCAAGGCAUUGGCCUCGCCGAUGGCUCUCGAGCUUGCAGCGCGGCAUGGGCACGUCAACCUCGUCAAGUACAUGCACGAGCAAGGGUUGGUGUCCGGGACGCCUCGCGCGAUGGAGCUCGCGAUUCAGUUUGGCCACCUGGGUGUCGUCAAGUACUUGCACCAGCAACGCGUGGUCAAGAUGUCAAAGACUUUUAUGCAGGUCGCGCUGGCAUAUCAGCAACAGAAGAUCCUCCAGUUCCUCCGCCGCAAGUAGAUCGACCCCACUACUGCAGUACUGUACUGUUGUAGCAGGCGGCCAUCGCGUUCUUGGCCCUCGGUUCAUCUAGGGGUGCGUAAGCUACGAUUUUAUACUCUUGUUUUUAUCAACCAAAC